GGAGCGGGGCGGGGGUCCCUGCAUUCUCGCCCGCGGAGAGGUGCCCGCUGCGCAGCCCCCGGGGGCUCCGUGCUCCUCGCUGGCUGCUUCUCCGGGGCUGCCGAAGCCGGGCUCGGUGCCGCGGCGGUGUGCGGGCGGCGCGCCCGGUCCGGGCCCGCUCGGCGAGGGCUCCUCCGUGCCUUCGAGGCGUCGGGUCAGGCUGCUAUUCCUGCUGGACUAACGUCUCCCGGGUUGGCCUGGAAUAACUGAUGGGCACUUUUUUGAUUAAGAAACACUAACAGAACUUACUUUGGGUCUGCCCUCUUUUUCUUUUUUUUUUUUUUCCCUUUUUUUUUCCCCCUUUCCUCACUCCUUCUCUCCCCUCCCCCCUUGUCCCCCUUUCCCCCCUCCCCCCCCCCCCCCCCCCCCCACCCCAAAUCUCUUUGGAUUUAUUUGUACCAAAUUAAGGCAGUGGGAAAAGCCCUAGAUUAAAAAAAAUAGUUGCCACCUCUCUCUCCUGACUUCCCCCGUCCUUUGGACGAAGAGCUUGCUCAAGUCCGAUGGGAGCAGUGUCGGUGUAUCCAUGGUGUUUAAAAAGGAACAAAUAUCAGUAUGACUAGAGUCUGAGGAAGGGCUUCUGUGUUCCUACCAAGAGCUUGCUGGUGCAGAGGAGCAGUGCAAGGACAGCAGGGGCACUUGGAGCCACCAUGGAUAUCCCCACUGAUUUGGUGCCGUCGUCCAUGAUGUCCCAGCCUGAGGUGAUUGAGUCCACAGCCAUGAGUGAACCACAGUGCUACUACAAUGAAACCAUUGCCUUCUUUUAUAACCGAAGUGGAAAAUAUCUAGCCACUGAAUGGAACACUGUCAGCAAGCUUGUAAUGGGACUGGGGAUUACCGUCUGCAUCUUCAUAAUGCUGGCCAACCUCUUGGUUAUGGUGGCUAUUUAUGUCAAUCGCCGAUUCCACUUUCCUAUUUAUUACUUAAUGGCCAACUUAGCUGCUGCGGACUUUUUUGCAGGGCUGGCCUACUUUUACUUGAUGUUCAACACAGGACCCAACACUAGAAGACUGACUGUAAGCACCUGGCUGCUCCGUCAGGGCCUCAUAGACACCAGUCUGACGGCCUCGGUGGCCAACCUGCUGGCCAUCGCCAUUGAGCGGCACAUUACAGUUUUCCGAAUGCAGCUGCACACGCGGAUGAGCAACCGCCGCGUGGUCGUCGUGAUCGUCGUUAUCUGGACUAUGGCCAUCGUCAUGGGCGCCAUUCCCAGCGUCGGAUGGAACUGCAUCUGUGAUAUCACUCACUGCUCCAACAUGGCACCACUCUACAGUGACUCCUACCUGGUCUUCUGGGCCAUUUUCAACCUGGUCACUUUUGUGGUCAUGGUGGUCCUGUACGCUCACAUCUUUGGGUACGUUCGCCAAAGGACUAUGAGAAUGUCCAGGCACAGUUCUGGGCCCCGCAGGAAUCGGGACACCAUGAUGAGCCUCCUGAAGACUGUGGUCAUCGUGCUUGGUGCUUUCAUAAUCUGCUGGACCCCAGGAUUAGUCUUGCUGCUGCUCGAUGUUUGCUGCCCCCAGUGCAACGUCCUGGCCUACGAAAAAUUCUUCCUGCUCCUGGCAGAGUUCAACUCUGCCAUGAACCCCAUCAUCUACUCUUACCGGGACAAGGAGAUGAGCGCGACGUUCAAGCAGAUCCUCUGCUGCCAGCGCAGCGAGAGCGCCAACGGCCCCACCGAGGGCUCGGACCGCUCGGCCUCGUCCCUCAACCACACCAUCCUGGCUGGCGUCCACAGCAACGACCACUCCGUGGUGUGAAGCCACGGCCGGCCCCAGACCCACGGCAAGGUAACCCACUCACCCUCUCUCAAACACUAAUGGACUACAGGUGCACCUUCUCCAGGGGCCCGGCACCAGCGCAGGAUUGGCCGUGCUGCAAAGACUUUGAAUUCUGCUUUGAAAAAGCAGGACGUAGUUGCUUUGCAGAGGAGGUCAUCAAUAGCCCGUGGAAAGCCUUGCUGAGACUUUGUUGGACUUUGCUGCAUCUUGGUGCCAGUCUGAAUCAACUCUGAUUAAUUAAGCUUAUACCUGCUUCACUGCAUUUACAUGUAGCCACUUAGUAUUUUUAAAAAGGGAGUAAAGGGGAUAAAAAUAUGCCUAUCAUUUAAUAGACAUGUAAUAUGUAUCACCAUCAGCAUGCUUGUGAUGAACAUUUUCUGUGCAGGGAGUAAAACUGUGCUCUAGUCUUUGUAUCCUUAGCCACACUGUCAUAACUACAGUAAAAAGAAAAGUAUUUUUUUCUAACACAGGCAGCAGGAGGAUGAGGGAAACUGACUCUUCUUAUACCUUCAUUACUGGUGUUAGAGAAUGCAUGUUCUGUGUGUAUGCAGAUUGUUUUAAUUACGGAAAAAAAAAAAAAAAAAAAGCUCUUUGUAAAGUCUGCCGGAAAGUAGAAAAGCAUAGACUGUAUUCCAGUGUUUGUUUAGAUUAUGAAAUAAAUAGUAUUUUAGUCACAAUGUAUAUAAGGUUCUUCUUUGAAGUGCAGUUUGAAAUUUGUAACAUGUGAGGGGUACCAAGUUUUUUAUGGACAAGUUCUUAAAGUAAGACACAUCCCUAAGGCUCUUAAAGGGCUACAGUCAGGUUGGUGUAUUGCAAAAAUUGUAUUUAUGGCAUGUACUUGGAACACUUUUCUCGUUCAUGGCAAAAACCGUGCACAUUUUUAAUGGGGAAAAAAGGUAUGUAUUUAUGGAACCUUUCUUAUAAUUGAAAACAAAACACCUUCUGCAUUUUUGCACUGAGAAGUAUUUGUAGGGUACCAUUCAAGUGAUGCCCCCUUCAUUUCAAAAGCAGUGGGCUACUAAGAACUAAGGUACAAUUUUGUUUUGUAAAGUCAACACUUUACAAGGUUUACAAGGUCAUCCAUUGCAAAUGACUGGACUAUAUUACAGAUAGCAGCCACACAUAUACACUGUUACAAAUACCUAAGCUAGCAUGUGAUUUUUUUCAUAUGAGUCUGUUUUGAGGAGAAAUGUCACUCCUGUGAAUAUCAGUUGCCAAGAAUAACUGAGAGUAAACAAAACUUAUUAACAGGGCUAAAUGUGAGCAAAGGUGGGAUCUUGCUGAUAAAAAACUUGGGACCUCUUUCCAGGAAACUGUGUGUUUUCCUAACAAUGUAAAAUACAUCAACAGUAAAUUCCUGGGGCUGUUUUCAUCAUUGUAAUUUGUCUCUAGAAAAAAAAAAAAAGAAGAAGAAAACAAACAAAACAAAACAAAACAAAACAAAAAAGGGGGAAACCACCCCCCCCCCCACCAAAGAAAAAGAAAAAAAAAACAAACAAGAAAAAAACCACACUCACAAAAAAAUAACCCCACAAAACAAAACAAAAAACCCCAUAUACAUAUAUAUCCUUUGUUGUACCUUACUGGAAUGUAACUUAAGGAUUGAUAUUCCCCCAUUUGGGCAGGGAAAAAAUGGAGGGUAGAGGGACAGCCCAGCAAAAUCCAGUGUUUUCAGCAUCUCUUGAUUUGAGGACUUACUUGGAUUUUAUGCUUCCAAACAUAAAAUUGCUUGGAAUAGGCAGUUUGUUGCAGAGAGAGGGAAGAGAAACAAGUGAACGAAACCUCCUCCACUAAAUAAAGUGAGAGUUUUGACUGCUUUCAGUAAAACUGAAUUCCACCUGAACUGUUGAGCUAGUUUUUUGUGGACACUGUGCAAGGUGGAAGGCAGAGAGAACACUGUCUGCCAGUUGACCAAGGUUUUGAAUAUAUCCACUUGCUUUGAACAAAACUGGUCUUUUUUUUUUUUUUUGUCUGUAUUUGAGAGCAAGUGAAUGUACAGGUUGAUUUGGUUUUAUUCACAAGAACUGUACUGAGAAACAGAACAGGCUGUAAGAACUUUUUCAUUUAAAAGCAUUUGCUUGCUAAUCCACACAUAAUUUUUCCUUAGUGCCUGCUUGAUACUUAAACUAGUGCAGGUAAGCAGAAGAAAGGAGAGGGUAAGACUGCCUCCAAAGACAGGUGACAUCUGAAAAAUAAUUUCCUUUUCUCAAGAGUGCUUGGAAUUCCUUUCUUCCUUGGAUCCAAUGCAAGAGCACUUUUUCCUGUUCCUAACAUCCCCACAAAAGUAAAUUAUGGACACUUUAUUUUAGGGUUUGGGGAUUUUGGGUCUGGGGUUUUGCCCUUUCCAAGUGUUCUUUUCACUGCUGUUUGCGUGCUUUUCUUGAAUCUCAUCUGGAUAGGGUGGGAGGGUGAUGUUUACACAAUAGCAGCAAAUAAUUCACCCUGGUUUAACCUGCUGGAAGUCUGGUGGGUUUUGAGAAGGCAUGGGUGAAUAGAACUUAGAAACAGAGGUGGUGUGGUUGUUUGAGACAUAGGUGGGUCCAGAGGCCUUUUGAGAAGACAGAUGCCCUAGGAGGUGUUCUGUUAUCAUUGUGAUUGUGACAGAUGGCCUUUGCUGUCCAGGUACAUUCAUUGAUCAACCCAAGGAGGCACUCAGCAAUUCAAGAAGCUCAACCUUUUGAACUCUUGGCAGCAGUUAAAUCUAAGUUGUCAGGUAUAUUAAUCCAGGAGCAGCAACAGGUGGUUUUUCUUCUAAAAGGUAAAGGCAAUGUUUCAGAUAAAUGCAACAGGAGGAACAUUGCUUGUGCAAUUCUGCUAGAGGAACUAGCUCCACUGAGCAUGGCUGCUGUAUAAAAAUUUGAUUAGUGCCUUGUGUUGUUGACAUGUUGUUCCUAUAUUCUUAAGAAAUCUGAUCUGUGAAUUGAGUAGUUCUUUGCAAGCUAAUGAAAUUAAAGCUCCAGUGAGCAAAGAGAAUAAAAACCAGAGCCUGGAAUAGAAGGAUUUAUUUACUGUGUUCCUUAGAAUGGUUCCCAGCCAUUUGUUUUCAUCUCAGAAUUUUUUUAAGUUUUCUAUUCAGAUUUUCCAGCCUCAUUGUACAGUUGUAGAACUCACUUCUGCUAUGUGAAAACAUGGUGCAAAGUACUUAGGGGAAAAGAUUGCCCCACUUAUUUUUACUUAUCUCAAAUUCUUCGAAAGGUUUUAGAACACUUCUUAAAAUACCAACAAUCCUCCCACAGUCAUUAAAAUUCUUUUGUUGUUGAUUGCCUCUGGUCCAAGUAAAUCCUCUUGAAGUUCAAAUGUAAUGGUGUUUGUGUCAGCAAUUGUAGUGGUAGGGAGUUGUGUAUUAAAAGGAAUAUCAUUUGCAGAUCAAGGAAAAUGUGUUUUCCUACUUCAUGUAUUUUCAGUGGCAGUAUAAAUCUGAAAACAGAUUUAAAAGAUGCCCUUUGAAUUUUAAUUCCCUGUUGCCAUGAUAUAUAGACAGGCUAGGUAACCCAUUGGUCAGAAAAAGCACAACUUUUUUAUAAAAGAUUGAAAAUAUAUUCUAUGUAUGCUUGACACAUUGGUUUUCUUGUCAGCAGCUUUUUUUCUGGGAUCCCUUGGCAGCUUCAGGCAGCCUCCUGACCAAGAUACUAAAAGAUGGGCAGGUAGAAAAGAGGGCAGACCAAAAAAAGGCUUUUUCCUAAAAUUAAGCAUACCUCUCUGUCUCUAGUGCACAAGUAAUGGAGUUUUUUUAAAUAGCUGCCACAAGAUUUGCCUUUUUUUUUGUUUUUUACCCUGCCUUUGCCAAAUAGUCACAGCUGUAGCAGCAUUUAAACAAGUGGGCAGCAAAGGCUUGGAGUAGGCCACUUGGGAAAGGAAAAGGCAGGCUUACUAUCUUCAUGGGGCAAAUUAAGCCUGGGGAACUUGGAUGUCAAAGAGGAAAAGACAGUCUUAUGUCCAGUGUUUUAGUUCUUCCUCUGCUAAGUAACUUCUCAAUAUAAACAUAAAUUUGCCCCAGUAUGGGAUUGCACUGAAAUGAAACUUUUCUGGUCACUCCAUGGGCUAUCCUUUGGUCUGUACUGGUGUGGUGGGCAGGGGUUUAACCAUGGCAACUCAGGUUCCCAGGAGCAGUGUGUCAGGGGAAACUCAAGUUGAGCUCUGCUUCUGCAGCAGGUUUUGUAGCUUUUUCUGACCUGUGUGUUGCCCCAGAGGUAUGCUACCAGAUACCAUUCUUUACUACUGUAAAUCCACCUGGGUUUCUGUCUGUGACACUGCUGCAGCCAGAUCUGUCUGCACUGGGCAUCCACAGACAAAACAGCAUGCAGCUCUUUCUGUGAAAGAAAGAGAAGUCCACCCUGCAGAUUGCCCUUCCCAGGUGGGAUUAAAAAGCACACCACCAGAUGGAGAGGCUUUGAUGCAAACACCCCUGGUCUGCGUUUCGGUCUGUGUGAAGGAGGGUGAUGCAAAGCAGAGCGGGCAGAGCCUUUUGUCCAGGGCAAUGUCCCCACCCUUGGGAGGCAUGACCCCAUCCCAGGUGUCCCUGUCGUGGUUCUGGGUCCCUCCUGACUGCCAGACUGGAUGUAGCUGGCAGAGGAUAAUCUUAACAAACUGGCUGGUUUUUUCCACUUGCUGCAGAGGUAAACACAGUCUUUUCCUUUUUCUGGUCCUUUUAAGAGCUUUCCUGUUAUUGCAAGUGUACCUGUCACGGCCUUUCAAACCAGUUCUUGCAGUGAGGCAUCAGUCUGUGCUAGACACUGUUGUCUCUAAGGAGGGGAUUUGCAGCAGCAAUCUCAUUUGUUCAAAUUGCUUGGGCUUUACCAUUUGGUUGGAAAGGCCACUUCAAAUAGAGAGUUAGCUUAAAAAGUACUGACACCCACAUCUCUCCAGCCACAACUCCUUAAGAAAAUGUGCCCUUAUCUUUCCUUCCAUUUUCCUCUCUUACAGGGUUUUCUAGGAAGCUGUUCACCCAGCUCCUCUUUUCUAAAUCUAUCAAGGAGAAAAAACAGACGUUGAUAUUUAAAGAAAACAAACAAAGCACUCAAACCAAAACAAAAAACUUACAAGAAAAACCUCAAAAAACAAACUGAAAAAGCCCACAACAAAAAAAAACAGAGCACAAGGAUAUUAAACUAUGCUGCUGUCUUCUGCGGUACAUGGAAAUCCAACACACUGAUAGCUGCCAGCAUUUUAACAAGAGCCUCCAUGAAGUGUUCCCAUUUGCCUGUGAUAAAAUUCUGAUAACCAGAAGUGUAUGUUGAGACUCAGGAAUCUGCUAAUUUUUCCUGUUUAAAUAAAGCCGUGUUUGUAAUUCAAAAGUAUUGAGAGAGCCAAUGAGCUUUGGCAAACAAUUUUGUUACUAAGUGCACUUACUGUAAAUGUUUAGAGGUUGUAUCUAGUACAAUAAAGUAUUUGGCAUGUGUAA